CCGAGCGGCGCCAUUUCUAGGCUUAACGUGAUCAUUUCGAGACCGAACGUUUAAUGCCGGCGUGGAACCCACGCGGCGGAAAUCCAACCGACCGGCGUCUUUGUGUCGCGAUAGAAUCCGAAAGUUGACUCCGGCUUUUCGUUUUGGGUUAGGCGUCAUCGCGAUCCUCGAUCCGUCCUUGUAGUCAGCGUCACUGUCGAUACCGAUAAAACAUAUAUAGAGUGAGGCACGAACGUUGGAACAAAAUCAGCCAAGAUGACCCAGGAACCUGAUAUGCCCACCUUCAAGUGCGUCCUCGUCGGCGACGGAGGUACGGGCAAGACGACUUUCGUCAAGAGGCACUUGACGGGUGAAUUUGAGAAGAAGUACGUCGCGACGCUGGGCGUCGAAGUCCAUCCCCUGAUAUUCCACACGAAUAGAGGGCCGAUCAGAUUCAACGUUUGGGACACGGCUGGGCAGGAGAAAUUCGGAGGUCUACGAGACGGUUACUAUAUCCAGGGACAAUGCGCCGUUAUCAUGUUUGACGUAACGUCCCGCGUUACCUACAAAAACGUCCCAAACUGGCACAGAGAUUUAGUUAGAGUGUGCGAAAACAUUCCUAUCGUGCUAUGCGGAAACAAGGUCGACAUCAAGGAUAGAAAAGUCAAAGCCAAGAGCAUCGUAUUUCACAGGAAGAAGAAUCUUCAGUAUUACGACAUCAGUGCAAAGAGUAAUUACAACUUUGAGAAACCGUUCUUGUGGCUGGCUCGCAAACUGAUCGGAGAUCCUAACUUGGAGUUCGUGGCUAUGCCAGCUCUCCUGCCACCUGAAGUCACAAUGGACCCACAGUGGCAGCAACAAAUUGAAAAGGAUCUCAAAGAGGCUCAGGAGACGGCGCUCCCGGAAGACGAUGAGGACCUUUAGUUUCAUUACCAUCAAUCAAUGCUGAAGGCCUUACCGCAAGGUCUUGGCGAGCGCGUUACUGUACGUGAUGUGCUCGCCCUUAAAUGUUUAAUGCGAAUAAAAUAAUUAUAUAAAUAUCGGUCGAAGGAACUUUCCUUUUAUGAAAAUUUCCUUUAUCAUUUUUCUUCGUAAUUCAUAUCGCAUUACUUAAGUAUCCAACUACAUUAAAAUUUUUUUUUUUUUUUAGAUAUCCUAAUAACAUUGUAGUUAUUCGAUUAUGAAAUUGGCGCGUUUUAGAGUUGGAUAUUUUUGUGAUUUCUCACUUUAAAAUUUUUUAUCGUGAAUAAUGCGUCGACUGCAUAAUUUUUAACAUCUACUUUUUUCUGCAAUCAUUUUUUUUUCUUGUAUGCUGGUUACAAUUGUUGUAUUUGUGAAUACUAAAAUACAGUUAACUUAUUUAAUAAUCAAUUGUUUUGCUUUAUUUUCAAAAUUAGAACAGUAUACUGAAAUAUGUGUUAAAUUCUUGUAACUCAGUUUUGAUGACGUGGAUUAACUAUAACGAAUUGUAAUGUGCGCGAAAGAUACUUUUGGGAAGAAAAAGUCCUUCGAUUGCAUAAGAAUUCGGGUUAGCUCACUGUGAACUAAACACUAAAUUUAAAAUUACAAGAAGAAUGGUUAAAAAAAGGUAACAACAAUGGUAUUUAUUGAGAGUAACCGGCUACUUUAGGGAUUGUCUGUUGUCUGCGAGUGUGUGCUUGAAAGGGUAGAUUAAUAAUAAAUAAUUACUAAACUAUGUAAUAUCGUUCCAUGAAUUGUACUCGUAUGAAAAGAGUAUGUUUGCGUCUUUCCACGUUCUUGAGGACUGUUUACUAUUUUUAUAAGCAAAAGUGUAUGUAUGCUUUGUUCGGCUUGAAUUUAAAUUGUAACAAAAACUACCUACCGUUCCUUUUUCUUGUGUACUCGAACCGAUUAAUUUAUUCUAAUUGUUUUUUUAUUUUUUUCGAUUAAAGUAAACAGAAAAUUUGUACGACGGAUGACUUCUUUUCACAACCUGUGUAGAAAAUUUCGAAUAUUUUUUUUCGGAGUAACGUUAACAUCACUUUAAACAUUAACAUAAUGUAGUAGUAUUGAAUUUUAGAACAUUGUAAAUUUGAUCAAUUAUUCCUUUUGUUAUCAAUCAAUAAAGAAGGAUUUGUGCGAGAAGAAAAUUACGCCACUAAUACAUGUGAAAUAAAUAAAUCAACAAUGAAACUGA